UGGCGGUGGCAGGAGGAGGGAGCAGGUGGAGGCCACAGACAGACGGCGGGGGACUCAGCCUCCACGCAGGAGCCCCAGAGCUUCUGGGGCAGCUUCUGCCCUCGGUGCCCGGCCCUCAUGCCUGCCAGGCUUUGGGGUCUGCCAGGAUCCCCUGCCCUGGGCUGGCCAGUGGCACUAGGGGGCUGAUGCGGGGCCGGCCGCUCCGGAGUCUGGUGGGAGCGCUCCUCGCCCUCCUGUGCAUGGGGCUGGUGUCCCUGUCCUACCGCUCCAGCCUGUCCCCCCAGGGGGUGCAGGAGACCUGUAGGCCCAGCCAGACGCCCCCCGGGCCCCGGGAGCUGAGGCUGCAGGACGUCUUCAUUGGGGUCAAGACCACCGGUGCCUUCCACCGCUCCCGCCUGGACCUGCUGCUGGACACGUGGAUCUCCAGGGCCCAGCCACAGACAUUUGUCUUCACCGACAGCCCAGAUGAAGCCCUCCAGGAGAGACUUGGGUCCCACCUAGUGGUCACCAACUGCUCCGCUGAUCACAGCCACCGGGCUCUGUCCUGCAAGAUGGCUGCUGAGUUUGACGCCUUCUUGGCCAGUAGGCUUAGGUGGUUCUGCCACGUGGACGACGACAACUACGUGAACCCCCGGGCGCUGCUGCGGCUGCUGGCCGCCCUCCCGCAGGCCCGCGACGUCUACGUGGGCAGGCCCAGCCUGAACAGGCCCAUCCGCGCCUCGGAGCCGCUGCCGCACAACCGCACGAGGCUGGUGCAGUUCUGGUUUGCCACAGGGGGCGCAGGCUUCUGCAUCAACCGCAGACUAGCUUUGAAGAUGGCCCCGUGGGCCAGCGGCUCCCGCUUCGUGGACACGUCGGCGCUCAUCCGGCUUCCUGAUGACUGCACAGUAGGUUACAUCGUGGAGUGCAAGCUGGGCGGCCGCCUGCAGCCCAGCCCCCUCUUCCACUCGCACCUGGAGACCCUGCAGCUGCUGGGGGCUGCCCAGCUCCCGCAGCAGGUCACGCUCAGCUAUGGGAUCUUUGAGGGGAAACUGAACGCCAUCCAGCUACAGGGCCCCUUCUCUCCUGAAGAGGACCCCUCCAGGUUCCGCUCCCUUCAUUGUCUCCUCUACCCGGAAACGCCCUGGUGUCCCCAGCUGGUGGCCCGAUGACCUGGAAGUGUCGGGCAAAGGUGGCCCCAGGCUUCAGGCUGCCCCCCAGCCCCCGCCUCCCAGGACAGGGCCGCGGGUGGCGGGAAAGGCCCAGUUCUCAGUGGGGGCUGCCGUGGAGGGUGUCGCAGCCAGAGGGGCAGGCCGUGGCCGCGGAGGCUCGCGCAGGCUCCCGAGGCGGCAGGCAGCUGCGUGGAUUGAGGGCAGCAGGUGGAUGCUAGGCCGGGGCCCGGGGCCCCUGCCCUCAACAUGGGUCCUGGUUGGGUCUAGCCUGGGCUCCUGGCUCUGGUUAGUCCCUAGUGCUCCGCUCCCUGGGUCUGAUCUCGUGUCACUGAAGGAAUGCAGAACGGAUGACCGCCGCAGAGCUGGCUGCGUCAGUGCCCCGCACCAAGUUCUGCUGAGAGGCUCAGCAUCCUUAGCCCGAGGAGACUGCUCAGGAUGGCUGCCAGACAGUGGAGACAGGGCUUCUGCUGGCUUUCCCAGCCUCCCUGGCUGUGUGAGGCUGCUGAAUGAUCCAGCCUCUGACCAAUCAGAAACCUAAGCAAAGCUGACAGAGAAGUUUUUGAAGGUGUGAGGGAAGUGUGGCGAAUGUGAAGGUGGAUGUGAUGGCUGGAUCUGGGGAAGCCACGUUGCCACCAUGAAGGAAAAGCCAACACAAUCCUCCACAGCUAUCCCCUCCAAUGAAGGAUUCUAUAUGAAAUUAAAGCACUGGUUUAAUU